CAACAACUCCUGCAUCCAUCCUUCGAUCCCGUCAUCAUAUGUCCAGCGCUGCACUGCGCGUUACGCUUCUCUCUCUCCAUGCCUAUGACUCCGCGACCCAACCACAGGCGCCAACCCACAGCUGGACCUCGAAAGAAGAACCCCAUCAUGAAGUCCACCCGGCGCGCUGGUACUUCUCGGCCGGCCCGCACCAAAUGGAAGCGCCCGCAAGAAGACUCUGAAGCCGAAGCCGACAAGCCAAAAGGUGUGUGCCCCGCAAAACAGCUCCGAAGACUCCCUUCCUCCCGACACGAGUUCUCUGAGAACUUGGAAGAAGGCUCUAAUGCUGAAGCCGACGAGCCAGAAGGUGUGCGCCCUUUAGAAGAGCCCAAAGAACUCUCUCCCCAGCCCCGGCCUGUCCAACUACCUUCCACCUCUCCUGCGCAAAGACGCAGAACCCUACGCCUCCAAGGUGCCGAUCCUAUCCAGACAACGCCCGACUCCGUUCAGCACGUGAAGACUCGAAAGCGACCUCGAGAGCGACCUCGAGAAGACGAAGUUUCACUCCCCCGCCCUUCGCCCGAGCCGUUUCUAAAACGAGUACAAACAUCAGUUAACGAACCGCUCAAGUGCAAGACAAUUAGUGAGGCUCGGGUUGGCUACUGGAGGGAGACCGGAGCCUGGCCGACAGAAGAACAAGAGGCAACAAUGGAUCGUUUUCUCAAGCUUGUCGAUCAUGCGCGUGCAAAGAAACGAUCGCUGAGCCGUAAACGCUCAAACGCCUCAGCCUCGGAAACAAUCCCGACACAGAGUACGAGCAGCAUGUCGCGGGAUCAGAAGUGUGCUCCGUAUAGGCAUCCACUGUUUCAACGUCAACUCAAAGAGUGCGGCAGCUUUAUGGAUGAUCACGAACUCGGCAUUACACCGGAAAGCGAAAAACUUUGCCAGCAGCUCCUGAAAGAACUACAGCCAGCUCCUCAACAUACUCUUUUCUCCGAUGAUGAACUGUUCAAGAAGACGUGUAAAAGGAUCAAGGGCGAGAACGAGACAAAAGUGGUCCGCGAUAUUUCGCAGCUCAUUGUGCCGUCAGCUGAGAUACUCGCUGACAAGGGGGCCACACACCUCGCCAUUCUCCGAGAGACUACCAACGCAUGCUGGACCAAUUCCAUCCCUUUCAUCAAUCCUCCUGGGUCUCGUUCUCGUUCCGGACCUCGACCGCAGCCAGAUUUUGGACUUGGGUUCGAUAGAGAUGCUUUUAAUCCCGAACAGCUGCGAAAGCUUCAACCAUUUCUCGGCGACCUCCUUGCCGAUUCCUCCUUCUUUGCAGCCACGUAUCAAAUGUAUUUUCCAUUUCUUACCAGCGAGGUAAAGUGCGGAGACCGCGAACUUGAUGUUGCUGAUCGACAGAAUGCUUACACUCAGUCUGUCAUCUUACGCGGUCUGCACUUACUUUUCCAGCUGGUUGACCAAGAGAAUGAACUGCAUCGGGAGAUUAAUAGCUUUUCGAUAUCUCAUAACGACGAGGAUGUGAGAAUCUGGGGCCACUACGUCGUAAUUGAUGGAAAAGAUGUCAAGUUUUACCGGCAUUUAAUCUCGAAGUUUAUUUUCGCGCCAUCCGGGGAAGGGGAUCAGAGGUGGAAAGCCUACAAGUUCGUCAGAAAUGUUUACGACUUGUGGCUUCCCAAGCACUUUGAAAGAAUAUGCUCCGUCAUCGACAUGCUACCGGCUGAUUUGAACUCCGAUGUCUCCGAGCAGGACCUGGCCUCUUCACGCUCAGGACUAUCCCAACAACUUGAAGAUUACAGCUUCGUCGAUGAAGGAAUAAUACCGAAUAGCCGACCAAGCCUCCGGCCAAUCACUCCGGACACCACGAUCAACGCUGGGUCCGGCAACUCCAAGAAGACAAAGACGAAGUAACGACUUGCACUCACCAUUCACGUCGGGCUCGGCUGUAUCUCUUGCGUCAGAUAUCCCACACCAACUGCGAAUCCAGCGUAGCCGCAUAAGCAGUAACGGGUAUCCAGUGUUUGUGACGCAGGCGGCAGUACCCUCACUAUCUACAAUCGACGAGAAAGGAGUGGGACUAUCGAACAGGAUGGAUGUUACUAAAUGGAUCGAUUAGCCUGCAGAGGCUUGCUUGGGCGCUACGCAGUUGAGCAAGAAGUUCGAGGGUGGCCGAUGUCGAGCUGACUGGAGGGUUUAUCUUUGCAUUCUCCUUUAAAUAGAAACGUCCUCGCCUACUCAUUUAUUCUAAGCG